AUGAGUGACGAUACUCAUGAUGCACUUCCGGUGCUCCCACUCGAUGAACAGGCAUACGAGUACAUAUACGCGGAACUGUAUCAGUUCCAGAGAUUAAUCAGGACUUACCGCGAAAUCGCCAAUGCUAUAAGCAUGAAGUGGCCGAGGGCGACGAGGGAAGUCCGCUUAGAAAGCAGUGGGAAAAGGCCGGAAUGUCCAGUGGUACCAACAGUGAUAAAAGGUAUCCCCAUCAGGCAAUCGGGACAAGCCCUCGGCUUUCCGGUGUCAAAAGUCCACCCUCUUCUUCCGGACCACCUCCGCGCUCUCAUCAACACCUACUGCGACCCAAGCGUCACAGACUGUAUGCUCAACGACCCGAACCUGGGAAAUGCGAAGCUCUUUUUGAGGAUGGGCGAAGAAUCUCCACGGAAUGAACACUUGAACACAAGGUUGACACGAGCCGUCUACUUCGAUCAAAUUGUCGAUGCGGCAUGCUGCGAUUUGGAGAAGAGAGUCAAGCAAAUGGGUGUAGCCCUUGCCAUCAUCCACAAGAAGGGAUACGACGCAGCUGGUGUUGAGUUCCAGAUUGCCUUCCAUCCCAAAACGCGGAAAGUGAGCAUGGGGGUGGGAAGCUUUACUCGAUGCGAGAAACCCUGCAGCCUCAGCCCAAACCUCGAGUACGAGUUGGCAUUGGCCAUUGCUCACAAUCCCACGUGGCCGCGACCGCCAGGCGGUUUCGGGUUCAUAGGUUACGACAGUCCACUGACCCCAUUGGCCAGGGUUGUAUGGGAAACCUUCAGAGGCGCCUACAUGAAUGCAUUUUUCGAGUUGGGAAACACGGUAGGGCAAACCACGUUUGCCCCAGCUGUAGUAAUGGAGCAUGUAUGUGCCAUGAGCAACCCAGAUUAUGCAUGGAUAACAGGGCAGCCGGAGGCAUAUUGUGCUUAA